CAGAUUCGAUCGUAUCGCAGCAGCUGGGUUCUCUCUCUCUCUCUCUUCUCUCUCGAUCUUCACGUCUUCCUUCGUGCUGCUACUUCUUCCUCCUCUCUUUCUCGCUCGCUCGCGCGUCCAAAUCCCUUGAGAAGUUUCCAUUAAUUCCCGAGCGCCCCGAUUCUCCGUCUCGCAUUCUCGCGCCCGGAUUCGAUUCGCCUCCUCCUCCUCCUCCUCCUCCGCCGGCGGAUGAUGACGUGAUUCUGCCGCGGUGUGGCGAGGGUGAUAUGAGGCGCGGGCUCCGGCUGCGUCGUGGAGCGUGCUGAAAUCUCGGGGGACAUCUGUCUGUGUGCGCGCGCGCGCGCGAUUGGGAGGUCGGUCGAUUCGGGUCCCUGGAGCAUGGCCGCCGCGGGGGAAUCCGGCGGAAUCGCGGGGGUGGUCCUGAUUCCGAUGAGGUUCGUGUGGCCUUUUGGGGGAACGAACGUGUUUCUGUGCGGUUCCUUUAACAGAUGGUCCCACUUGGUGCAAAUGAGUCCAGUUGAGGGUUGUCCCACAGUGUUUCAGGCACUUUGCAGCAUACCUCCCGGAUACCACCAGUUUAAAUUUUAUGUUGAUGGAGAAUGGAGACACGAUGAACACCAACCUCAUACAACUAGUGAAUUCGGGGUAGUGAACACUAUCUUUUUGACUGCGGAGGCUAGUUGUAUGCCAGGGACUCCCAGCCCAGCUACCCCCCCGGGUACGAACAUGGAUGUUGAUGACCAAGCACGGCGUAUGAGAACUCAGGUCUACGUAACGGAUGACCCAAUUAUUGACGCUGCACCGAGGAUCUCAGACACUGACUUAGUGGUUUCUCGUAACCGCGUUUCUGCAUUCUUGACUAAACACACUGCAUAUGAGUUACUUCCGGAGUCAGGCAAGGUAGUUGCUUUGGACAUUGAUUUACCCGUGAAGCAAGCAUUUCAUAUUUUAUACGAGCAGGGGAUCCCUACAGCUCCUCUCUGGGACUUUCGCCAGGGACGAUUUGUUGGAGUUUUAAGUGCGAUGGAUUUUAUUUUGAUUUUAAGAGAGCUUGGAAAUCAUGGAUCAAAUCUGACAGAGGAGGAGCUUGAAACACACACGAUAGCUGCAUGGAAAGAGGGGAAAGCAUAUCUAAACAGACAAAUUGAUGGGCAUGGAAAAGCAAUUUCAAGGCCUCUUGUCCACGCUGGGCCACUCGAUAACUUGAAAGAUGUCACAUUAAAAAUAUUGCAACAUGACGUGGCCUCAGUUCCAGUUAUUCAUUCUUCUUCUGAAGAUGGAUCAUUUCCGCAGCUACUGCAUAUGGCUUCUCUUUCUGGGAUACUAAAAUGUCUUUGCCGUUAUUUCAGACACUGUUCCACUUCAUUGCCCGUGCUUCAGUUGCCAAUAUAUGCAAUUCGAAUAGGCACUUGGAUUCCAGAAAUUGGCGAACCUAACCGACGGCCUUUAGCCAUGUUGAAACCUAGCGAUACACUUAGUUCGGCCCUCAAUUUGUUAAUUCAAGCACAAGUUAGUUCAAUUCCCAUAGUGGAUGACAAUGACUCUUUGUUGGACAUUUACUCCCGGAGUGAAAUUACUGCUUUGGCGAAGGACAAAGCUUAUACUCACAUUAAUCUCAACGAAAUGACCAUACAUCAGGCACUGCAGUUGGGGCAAGAUUCUUGCCAAAAAUGUCAAAUGUGUCUGCCAUCCGAUUCACUGCACCAGGUGAUGGAGCGAUUAGCCAAUCCAGGUAUCAGACGACUUGUCAUCGUUGAGGCUGGCAGCAAGUGCGUGAAAGGUAUUGUUACACUCGGUGAUGUUUUCAACUUUUUACUUGGUUAUAACUGAAAGGCAACAAGUGGAAUUAUCCGGAAAGGGAUUUGUUCCAACCAUUCAGAGUUCACGAUGUCUAGACUCCAACGGCUGGCCAUUCUUCACGAGAAACUUACCACGGCUGACUCGAUCAAACUACUCUCCUUCCAUCCUUAAAAUUGGAUCAGCCUCUUGCUAGCUGGCAUUUUCAAAAUUAUUUCAGGCUUAAGAUGAAGGCCUUCAGAAAAUUUGGAGAAUUCAUCUCUUUCUCUCUGUCUCUGUCUCUCUCUCGCGCUUUCUCAAGAUUUGUGAUAAUUCCACCCUCCCAUGGUGUUUUCUGUCUCCAAUGUGCUGAUUAUUUAUGUGGUUGUAUAUGUUUUGGGAGCAUUGGUGCAUGUAAUAGUCGGGAAAGAGAAGGAAAAAAAAAUGCAAAUCAUAUGGAGAGGGACAUUGAAUUAUUAGUCAUUGUGUAUUUGUUCAUACUUUUGAUGUCUGUGGGUUACAGGUUUGUGAAUAUUCUUGUCGCGGUUGAAUAUGCCAAGGAAACUAUUCAACAAAUGAA